UUUUUUUUUACUUUGAUUUGGUGUUCGUUGAUUUGAUGGAAUUGUAAUGAGAACUGUCUUUGAUAUCAAGAGACUUAUCAGAAGAAGGUUUGAUGAUAAAGAGGUACAUAGAGAUAUGAAACUCUUACCAUACAAGAUUGUCAACAAGGAAGGAAAGCCAUAUGUUGAGGUUAAACUUAAGGAUGGGGAGACUAAGGUUUUCAGUCCUGAGGAAAUUAGUGUUAUGAUUCUGACCAAGAUGAAGGAAACCGCUGAAGCAUUCUUAGAAUGCUGUCAUUACUGCUCCUGGAAUGAUUAAGAACCAAAUCAAAUUAAUUCAUGUUUGAUUCCACAAUUUAUUAUGUGGAUUUG